AUGAGGAAGGAAAGGAACAAGCCUUCAAGAUGGUCCAUAUUGUUUAACCAAUAUGAGAUCACAAACACACCUCAAAAAGUUGUGAAAGGACAAGCACUAGCAAAUUUUCUGGCUGAUCACCCUCUUCCGGCAGAAUGGGAGCUUUCGGAUGAGUUUCCAGAUGAAGACGUUUUGUUUAUCGAAGAAUUGCCACCAUGGACAUUGUUCUUUGAUGGAUCUGCACGUCGUAAUUGUGCGGGGGCAGGUGAAACAUGCUCCAAUAAUGCUGCAGAGUACCAAGCCCUGAUCGUCGGUCUCGAAAUGGCAUUAGAAAUGAAGAUUCUAAUGUUGGAGAUCUACGGCGACUCCAAGCUGAUCAUCAACCAACUUUUGGGGAAUUACGAGGUAAAGAAGGAAGAUCUAUUGUCCUACCAUGAAUACGCUUCUGGUUUACUUGAAAACUUUGACCGAGUGUUCUUAAACCACGUCCCAAGAGAAGAAAAUUGCAAGGCUGAUGCUUUGGCUAACUUGGCCACGAUGAUGGCACUUGGAGAGAAUGAGUCAACAAAGAUCCGCGACAAAGAACAGACAUCAAACGAAGAGCACCACGAUUCAUCUUCUAUAAGGGGACAUUGUUUCGACGCUCUUUUGAAGGACUAUUCUUGCGAUGUCUUGACAAAGAAGAAGCCCGCCAAGCGAUGGAGGAAGCACAUUCUGGAAUCUGGUCCCAAGCUCCAUUUUCGCAUCAAGAGGAUGGGCUACUACUGGGCGACAAUGGUGAAGGACUGCAUGGAUCAUGCCAAAAGAUGUCAAGCAUGUUUUCAUGCCAACUACAUCCACCAACCUCCAGAGCCCCUUCACCCAACUGUAGCUUCAUGGCCAUUUGAUGCAUGGGGACUCGACGUUGUUGGACCGCUUCCAAAGUCAUCAAAGGGACAAAUGUACAUAUUAGCCGCUACAGACUACUUUUCUAGAUGGGCUGAAGAUGUUCCACUCAAGGAGGUGAAAAAGGAAACUGUUGUCGAUUUUAUCAAGUCAUAUAUAAUUUUUAGGUAUGGCAUACCAAGAUACAUAAUCACUGAUAAUGGAACUCCAUUUGACAACAAGCUCGUGAAGAGUCUAUGCGAGAAGUUCGGUUUCAAGCAACAUAAGUCUUCAAUGUAUAAUGCACCUGCCAACGGCCUUGCUGAAGCUUUUAACAAGACGCUUAAAGUCGUCCUGCCAUUGGAGCAACAAAUUCCAUCAUUGUGGAUAGCAAUCCAAGAAGGGCUCACGUCCGAAGAGAAUGCUCAACUUCGCCUAGCAGAGUUAGAGGCAUUGGAUGAGAAAAGAUUGGAAGCGCAACAAAAAUUGGAGUGCUAUCAAGCUCGGCUAGCUAGAGCUUUCAACAAGAAAGUGCGGCCACGAUCAUUCCAAGUGGGAAACUUAGUUCUAGCUAUUCGACGACCUAUAAUCCUCAACAAACGCAUAGGCGACAAGUUUACCUCAAAAUGGGAUGGGCCAUAUGUUGUGAAGGAAGCCUAUUCAAGUGGCGCAUACAAAAUUGUCGAUAAGGAUGGUCUCAAAGACCAAGCGGAUUGCAGUUUGGACAUUCCCAGGUCGAGAUACGAUUUUUUCAAUGCGAGCAUGAAAUGCUAUGAAGUCAAAACAGCAGAGACACACCAAGUGCUUGCUCGCCGAAGUUGGAAAAGCCUACUCCAGUGGCCUUCCUCGCCAGCUUGCAACAAUGUGAUAUGGUACAUGUCGCACUCGCUCGCCAAGGAUGAAAUAUGGUCGCUCGAGCUCCAAGCCUCUUUCUCACCAAGUCGCAAGGCUGAGAUGCACCAUGUUGCUGAAGGGAUGUACCAAGUUGUUGUUAUACUCUCUCGAAAACCUACAAAAAUAAGAAAAGAUUUUGGAGCCCUCAGUGCCAUAGCACGACGUUUCUGCUUCUACUGA